AUGGUUUUCUACCCUUUCCACAUCUCUGUUAUAACCAUUGAUUUCAGGAAGUUCAAGACAGACAUAGUGUCCACUGAAGUAUGGAUUGGCAAAUUUCAUACUGGUAUGCCAAAAGAUAAAUACAAAUCAAGAAAAGGUCUGCGACAGACAUUUGAUCCACCUAUGGUGCUUUCUCAUGGGGAUACAUUUUCCUUACGUAUAAAGUACUUUGACAAGGCAGAUUUUUGGCAGUCCAAGACCAAACACAUUCAUUUUGACCCAGAUGACAUAGUCCACAUAUAUAAUGCAAGCAAAAAAGGCCUUGACACCACUGCCAAAAUAUCUCGACAGACUCCUUGUCUGGUGUCAGGCAAGUCAUCACUAAUCAAUCAUGUAUUUGGAGUAGAAACAGUGAUCACUUCGCACGUUAACACAGGGGAGGCCGACAUCAAUCAUGAGUUCAUAUCACCUCAGAACAAUAGGUUGGUUAUCCACAACAGCAAAGGUUUUGAACCAGGGGAAGAAGUCAACCUCAAAACAGUCCGAGAUUUCAUUAAUUGUCGGAGGAACAUGUCUGCUUUGGAAAAGCAGUUGCAUGUUAUUUGGCUUUGCAUUGAGAUACCCCCUACAGGCAGACGUCUGCUAGAGACAGGAAUAGAGGAAUUUUUGGAAUGGAAAUGUAAUGGAACAUUGGGAAACAACAUCAAGGAACACGUCACGCGCAUAGCAGAAGUUGAGCUGCAGAAUUCCUGUAUCGGACCUCUAGAGAAAUUUGUGGAGUCUGACACCACCAAUGCUACUGUUUCUAGUGCAUACCAACACUCUGACAGAUUCAUACAUGCCUCUGAACUUGGCAUGGCCACGGUGAUGACCUCCAUCAUUCAGCGAAUGGAUCUUGAACUCAGAAUAAAGGCAUCAAUUGAGGUUGGCAAGAAAAGAUGGAAUGCUCUCACAGGAUGGAAGGUGUUUAUAUCAUCAUUCAAGACCGAUGAACUUCACAAUGACAUCAUCAAUGCGUGGAAGCUAAAUGACCCUCAUCAUACACUUUAUCUCGUGUCAGAAAGCCAGGAGCUCACUUGUAAGGCCAUCAAGCUCGUGGUCAAUUCCUACCACCUCUCCCCGAUCAGCGGAGAAGUUCUUACUCAGAUUCAGGAAUAUGAUAGGCAACUGACAAUCCUGGAAUGCAUGGAUCCUGAUUCCUUGGAUAAAAUCAUUGAGAUGAUGCAAUAUUAUAGCAUCGAUGCAGAAGAAGUGUUCAAACUUCGAGAAGUGCUUCCCCCUGUGGAUUUGUUGUCAGACGGGAAAUGGUAA